UGUUUUCCCUACAUAAACCCCUCCUCCCCCGACUUUUCUUACGGCCCAAACCUCCUUCUGCGCCACAGCUGACGGCAAGAAACGCCAUGACGAAAAAAUACCUCGACCGACAUCCGAUGAUCGCGCGCAUUGUCAACUGGUUGAAACGAGUCAAAAGUCUUGAUGAAAGCGAAUUAGCAGCCAUCAUCCGUCGUGACGAGCUCAAGUCCCUGUCCGACGAAGAAGCCGUGAGGCUUCUACACAAGCAGUUCGGGGAUAUAUUUGAACGGUUAAAGAACGUCCCUGUCAACAUUGAACAGGGCGACGGGGAACCUCCCAAGGGAAAUUUAGAUGGAAAAGACUUCACGCCGUCGUGCUUCCUGUUCGAUGAGGAUUAUGCGGAAAUAAAUCGAACCGUAAUAAACUUUUUGGCUUUGAAAUGGCUCCUCGAAGGGAGACACGAGGCCUUUACAGCGUACCAACCCAAGGCUGUGAAGCUAUCCCAGGAAACUUUCAAUCGGUUCCGCCAGUUAGCUCAAGAAAUCUUGGAACAGCCAGAUGAUAUAUUGGCGUUGGUUGUGUCUUUGGUGCUUGGGGAUGUAGGAAAGGACCCCGAUUUAGUGAAAGAGAUUGACAAAAUUGAUGGGAAAAAGACAAAUCACGAUGAAGUCCUCGCCAGGGCAAUUGAGCUGGAUUACUUCCGUAAGGCGCUGGGGUUGCUCCCACUCAGGAGACAGAGGGACGUGGUCCGUGGGGUCAAAGUAGGCGCGAAGCUCAACAUUCCACAAUUGGUACAAGGUGAGAACGUCCCGGGCAGUCUAAGGAGUAUUCAUAAACUGCGAGGACAUCGACAGGCAUUUAAUUUGAAGUAUCUCGAAAUCAUGCUUGACGUAUCCGGGGCAGGGGCCCAUCUCGACGCACGGGGUGCCAUUCGCAUGAUCGAGCCUGUCUGUCAAUCAUUUCUACUCGCCUUCCCGGUACUGACAGACGUCAUUACAGAGAAGCUGUCUGUCCGAGACGCUUAUAAUAAAGUGCUGCAAUACCGAGGCGAACUCUUGGCCAACGAUGGCUUUCCGCCAUUAUCAACAGACAACCCAAGCGAUCGGGCUUUCCUCCGCCUUUGUGCGAUGGGUAGAGUAGCGCAUAGGCAUCUAGCUGAGCUAUUUGACCAUGCAUUCAGAAGCCUCCCUGCCCCGACGAAACAAGAACUUAUCCACGGAUUGAACGUGGACGGGUGUGACGGCGAAGAUGCAGUAAUCCUCUAUUAUAUGCCCGCGAUAUUCGCGGAAGGACUAAGGGUCACGCGUGGUGCAUCAGAUGAGAAGCAAAUAGAAGUUCUCCAGAGCCUCAUGUCGUUCAUGGCGCGAACAUACAAGGAUACAAAGCCCAUUACCGGCCAUCCAAGCAAUAUCAUCGAGCGUGACGUGUCCGCAGCAAAGGACUUCAUACAGAGAGAAGAUUUUAUUACAAAUCCUACCAUUCUGAAUGAAUGUAUUCUUCCUGUAGCAACGUGCUAAUGUGGGCCUUCUAUAUUUCCGUUAAACCGCAACUGCCUAAUGUUAAUCUUCAGAGACGACCAUUUAGCCGUCAAACCGAAUUGGCGGGAAAUGACUUUAUGAAAUUGGAAUCCUUCUACUUUACCCAAAUAGUAUUUUGGUAUCCGCGGGUGGCUAUGAUGUUUAUCUCAUGUAUGGGCGUCUCAUAUAUGAAAUUCUCCGGCCUGAAUUGUUACGGUGUUCAUUGAAUAAACACUGUCCUGCCAGGUUUUCUUCCAGUUGUUCUGCUGUAAUAAAUGGCGUUAUGGCGUUCCAUAUAUAUAUAUAUAUAUUGUGUCUAGUAAAGCCUCCAAUCAGUUUAGGGAAGAAAAUAUAUAUUGGAGAUAACAAUAGAUAAGGAUACGAUAAAGUAAAAUAAGCUCGGUCCGUGAUCGUAGAUGCCUCAGGCAUAAAGGCUCAUGGCCUCGGGAUGGCUCGGAAUGGAAGGCAACUUUCGCGCUUCACCAGCACUCUUCAUGACUCC